UAGCACUUUCAACGUUAACGCUGAAGCUGUGGCGCCGGGCACCAACCCUCGAACCCUGCGUGAGAUGGUCAAGCCCUUCGCAGUAGUGAAGUUCCCUGAAGAGAAGGACAGUCUCGCAGCUGUGCCAGUCGGAUGGCUGUCGGAGGACGAGUUGUUUUGCACUUGGCCCAUGCACGUGAAAGGGUGCCAACUCAUAAGCCUGGUUGAAGCGCAGGCUCCACCUGGCGUUGUCGGCAAAGGCUGGGAGGUCUUCCCUGUCAUUGUAAUUAAGACCUACUGGACCUACAAAAAGGCUGCCAAGAAAGUUCGCCAGUACGUCUGGACCUCCACCGUAGAGACGUCAGAUUUUUCGGUGCCUAACCAUGUUUGCUUGGUGUGGACACUGUCUUUAUGCUAUUCAGCUGCAUUGAGCUCCCGCUCGGUGGGGGGUCAGCACAAGACCAGCCAGGCAGGCAGACGCCAACCUCAGCUGCAACCUCAGCACAGCCAGGAGGAAAAUGAGGGGGUCACCUGUUACGAGGAUGACCUGGCAGAGACCCUGCAAGCGCAGGAAGUGAACCAGCCCCAGGACAACCAGGAGGCCAGUGAGGAUCCCAGUCGUGUCCAGCUGAAAAUGAUACACCUUUUGGUCGAAAUUCGACAACAGAAUAGGGACAUCCUGCAUCAGUUUUCACAGCUGAGGCAGGAUGUCCUCGACAUCUCUGAGAGGGUGGCCUUGCUGGAGGCACCGGCAGCUCAGGCAGCACGAGCCCCACAGGUCCUGCCCCUGAUUCUCCCAAGGCUGCCAGCUGAAAGCCUUCAGGAGUUGGAGGCAGCAGAGGCAGCAGUCAAGGAGAAGGGUGUAGCCAAAGCCUUGCAAGAUCAGCUGCAGAAGAUUGGGGGCAGGAACCUUUCAGAGGUAACUGCUGGCAUCAUGAAGAGUAUCAUGGGUCAUCCGGUCCAGGUGCUCUUCAGCCUCUACGGCCGCAAGGGCAAGAGGGCCUUUAUCAAUUUGGGCCUGUGCACCAUCGCAAUAGAUGCCAUCUGUCAAAAAUGGUCCGUGGACAGGGUUCAAGCCCAGGCAAUCAUUGGGAGGUGGCUGCCCGGCUCAGUGGAUCGAGGAGGGGGCAGGAGAAGGAGAUUUGAGGCAGCCCUUGUCUCUGACCUGCCUCUGGUCCAGCCCCUGCCCCUGGUCCAGACCCCUCCUCAGUUCAUUCCUGAGCCUGCACACUAAGAUUGCUGCCUGGACCCCUGCCAAGCCCACCCAAGCAGAUGCUAGUGUGGUCAAUAAAGUCUACAAUUUUCUGAA